AUGCCAGCAAAAGGAAGUGCAUCAUGGGAGAGGAGAUACGGCUUUACUCACUGGGCUUCGGCUGGCUGUGCUCUCAGGAGGGAGGCCUGGAAGAGCGGUGGGCGACUUGCAGUCCACACCGCUGGAAGGCUGAGUGAGCAGGGACUCUGCAUCCCUGGGGCAGAGAAGAUUGACGUUCUCAAGGCAGAUCUGGAAAGUGCAGAAUGGAAAGUUCUAGAAAAUCUUAUUCUGGAAGAUGUCCUUGAGCAGAUUGGCCAGCUCAUUUUUGAGAUUCAUCUCCACUGGCCGGGCUUUGAGGUCAGUGGCAGCGAGAGCAGUGUGGUGAGGUUUUGGUAUAGCCUCCUGAAGGAGUUGGAGCAGAAGGACUUCCGGCUUUUCCACACCUAUAAGGACUUAUCGAAGCCUCAGCUCUUCCUGAAGAAGGACAUUCUCAAUGCCAGCAGCUGUUAUACGCUGAGCUGGGUGAACACAAGAUGGAAGUAGCGCUAUACAAAGCAGUGUUUGCAGAUAGCAGCGUCCGUGCUUCCGGUCAUGGAGCUAGCGUGUUACCUGCGUGGGGCAGGGGCUGUGUUACUGUCUCUGCAGUAUAUGAAGCCUUGAGCUUAACAACAACAGCAGCAGGAAGAACACCUCUGCUUCCCCAGACUGAGACUUUUCUGUUUUGCCUUUGACAGAUGGAGGGUGUGUCCUCUUCACUCUCACUUGGAGGGUAGAAAUAUCCCGCCUGUGCCGGUUUCUGGUUUCCUUAAAAUUCAUUAUGUGUCUAUAGCUCACAAGUUUACAUUAAAAUGAAAUUUUAUUCAUUUCCACUUUUACUCGGUUGAUCAGAUUUUAAACCGCACUGUUCAUUUAAAGUUGGGACCCUCAUUUAACCUUAGCUCACUUCCCUCAAGGUUUCUCUUGUCCAGCCAGUUAAAACUGUUCUUUACGCCCUAUGGGUUUCGGCCAUUCUUUCUCAACCUUGACUGAGGCCAUGCUCUGGCUUCCUAAGAACUGCUGAUUCCAGUUUCUGGGAACUCAGAUACCCCAAGCUCUAUCAGAGAACUUCAAGGGGUGUUGCGGGAGGUCCUUCCGCCCCUCCAACCAAUAGCUGCUGUGAUACCAGCCCAUUGGGGCGUGGUCUCCCUCCCUUUAAAAAAAGCGGCUAUUUCCUCUGCUCGCUCUCUUCACUUCCUGCUCCGCCGGAGACUACACUCCCUUCCUGGUUGUGCAGAUGGCUGUUGUCUGAGACGGUGAUCUGUAAGUUUUCCCCUUUAAAUAAAUAACACCCUA